UUCAUUUUUGACUGAAAAAUGUAGCUUUUUUCUUUUUUUCUUUUUUUUUUUGAUUGCUCUUAAAUACUUGAUAGGUUCACCUUUUCAUGGUGUGGUAACAGCUUACAAAAACACAUCAUUCAGUGAAAUGCCAAAAAAAAACACUUUUACAUGUUAGAUUUUUUGAAAAACAAGUAGAUGUUAUGAAUAAUUGUGAUCAACUUUACUGGUCAAGUUCACUGUUUGAAAUAGGUGGCCAUUUGAUUGCCUGAAAUAUCAGCUGAUGUAGAAGUUUUGUCAUUCAGUGUAAUGCAAAUGAUCUGCUACACCACAGUGUCAUCCAUUACACUGAAUGACAGUAUCACUGUAUAAAUAACAAGUUUAGCCUCUUAUCAGAGAAAUGAGGAAUGUUUAACAUUGACAGAUGUGUGUUAAACUUAACCCUCAUCUGUCCCUCGGGUCAAAUUGACCCGAAACUGAUUUCAAAGAUUUUUUAAAAAUCGAGCGUUGAUCGCUUUGACCCGAGACUCCUUGACUUUAGUCGCACUUGCACCGGGAACACACAAAAAAAAAUUGGAGCAGAUUCGAAGAUGUUAAGUGGGUGUAAAAAAAAAAGUGACAAAAGUGUCCCUCGUGGGUCAAUUUGACCCGGGGCCAAAAAAGACUAGAAUUCAUGAAAAAACUGCGGGUUUUUUUAAUUGAGUUUUGUCACACUUGAGCACGGAGCACACACAAAAAUUCGAUUCGAUGAUUUUAUGUGGGUGUAAUAAAAAAAUGUAACCUGGCCAUAGGAAUUUGACCACCCAUAGGAAUCAAUGGAAAGUCCGAAAAAUCUAUGGAUUUGUUUUACCAUACAAAAUCUGACACAAUCCAGGAAAGAUGCAUACCCAAAUGAAGGGCUGAUACUGCAGAAUGUCCCCAAUGCAGAAAAAAACUCACAUAUCCAUACACACAGGCACACACACACAAACACACACAUGGUACACACACUCCCAUAGACAUACAUUAUAACAUAAAUAAUGUUUCUGCUGGGAAAUGAAUAUCAUUUUGACUUUUUUUUUGACCAAACACAGUUAAAUUUGAAUGAUGAGGUGAAAACCAAUCAUUUGAUAUCAUUUUUAUAUUUUUAAAUUUAUCUUUUAUAAUUAUUACAUAUUUAUGGAUAUGAAUGUUUAGAUUAAAAUACAGUAUAAAUUUAUAUAUAUUUUUUUACAAAAUAUUGUUUUUACAAUGCUUUUAUAUAUAUCUGAAAGCCUUGAGAUACAUCUGAAAACUAAAUGAAGCCUCAAAGUGGUGUAGUUUUCAAGAUUUAACUUUCUGAGCUCAGUUGAGAAUCUCCAUAGGGUUCAAUAGGCCCAUCUGGUGGCUGAAACUAUAAAUGCAGUUUUUUGUCAUUUUUCCGAGCCAGAUGGCCUCAGAGACACUCAGUGACCUAGUUCCUGAUGGAUAAUGAUGUUUAAAGUAGAAAUUGUGUCUUUGUUUGUUUUUUUUUGGUGAAAAAAUGUAUGCAAAUAUGCUAAUUUUCAUGAAAAAAUCUGGAAUUUAUGAAAAAAAAAAAAAAAAAAAAAUCUCCAAAAAUUAUAACAAAACCUCCAUAAAUAAUUAGAAAAAAAACGUAAUUAAAGAAAAAAAAAAAAACAUUUUGGACUGAAAAAAAAGGUGUGACGUUGAGGGUCUUCGGGUCAGUUUGACCCACGAGGGACACUUUGGUUAUAGGGUUGGGAGCACCGGAGGGUUAAAGAAUAGAGUUCACACCACAACUAUAACGAUAACGACAGAGGAACGAUAUCUUUACAAUAAUUUUGAGUAUGAUUUCUUAUUUUCCAGCUGAUGUACGAUAAAACACAAGCAUUUGAAGCUGCAGACGACACAACUUUACCAUGCUUGGUUAUAAUACACAGAAUAUCAUCUGCUGCUGUGGAUGCUAAUAUAGUUAUUCUUAUCAUUAUCAUUAUGUUGUUGCUGUGACGGGGAUUUACAGCAUAAUUAUGAUCUGUUCAUGAGAUCAACCAGCAGGUUUAGAUCAGUCUUGUUACUGCUUUCUAAGCUCCCAUUAAAACAGUUUCUGUCAAAUGUGAUUACAUUAUUAGUGUUUUUUACUGCGGCUGUGACUUUACAUUAAAAUGUUGUAUUAUUUGUAUUGCCUUAUCAGAAUCAAAUGCAUUUCCAUUCAUAUUUUUUUCAAUAAUUGUAUUUAUUUUUGUUUAUUAAUCAUGUAAUUUUUAUGUAAAGAGGCCAUAUCAGCAUACGAUCAUUUACACACAUACUCUUACGAACAGGUUCUUAUGAAGUAAUAGAAAAUACAAUACAGAUCAAUAUUUUAACAGAUUCCCAAACACAAGUGAGAUUUAUGUUCUCUUUAUGUUAUGUUGUUUGCCGUCAGUAGAGAUGGAGACGGCUGAGGUAUAUUCUCGCCCCUUGUUCGUUCAUGAAGCAUUUUGAACGUUGCUAGUGUCACGGCCUGAGACACUUUUAAGCUAGCUCGCAUUGUAUUCUGUUCAGCAAUGGCAUUUUUUCAAGACUAGCUAUCUUGAGAGCUCUUUCCUGAGAUCCAGGUGGAUAUUUCUGGUCAAAUGUUGUAUCGAAAUGUCUUUGCAUACACCCAGUAUUUCACUGAUUCUUCCAUUCUUCAAGCGCUCUCCUGCCUUCACUGCUGACGCUGCGACUCUUCUUGUGUGCAUGUGUUCCUUCAUUAGUGUUUUCCUCACAUCUUUUUUCUCCUCUAAUAACAAAUUUGUCCAUUUUGAUCGUUGAUAAGUUGUUUCUUACUGUCCCACGGACUCGUUUAUAGCUGAAAGGAGAUCCAAGGCUUUGGAAUAGUGAGAUUACAUCCCUUCAUGUUUUCAAAGCUGGGGUAAAAAUGCAUUUCUUGUCAUUAGCUUUCUAGGAGCUGGGCUAGUAUCUGUGUUUUUUUUAUUUGGAUUGUGUUUUGUGUAGAUGCAUGUUGAUUGUACAGCACUUUGGUCUGCAGGUGCAACUGUAAAGUGCUGUAUAAAUAAAAGGAAUGAAUGAAUGAAUGUUUGUGACGGGGUUGUGGUUUUUCACUCAAAACGGCCACUGCUCCUCAUGUAGUGUAGGAGAGUAGACCAUAUAUGGCAGCAAUAAAAUAAGUACAUUGUAUAUACUUAUGGAUUAAAAUAAAAUGUUGAAAAAGUAAUAAUUUUCCAUCUUAAUUUUAUGGGUCGGGGUUGAGUUGUUAAGCUUGACAGUACCCUCCCUGACCAUAACAUGCCUCACAAAUAUGAAUAAAACGUAUGAUACUAAUAACCAUUUUCUGCAACACUAUUAAAGAGACCUGAUUGAUGUCAUUUCUGGUAAAUUAUGUCACAUAUGAGUGGAGUCGAAAUGAUUAUUUAGGGUCGUAGAAUGGUUAGUGUGACGGGGUUGAGUUCAGACUGAGGGACAUACAUUUAAAGUCUGUUUUUUAUAAAAUAUAUAUAUAUAUAAUUUUUAUUUUACAAGAAAGGAACACAUAGUACAAGUACAAACUCGGUUAAGUGCCUCUGGGACAUGACAAUAUGCUUGGUUUUAACAUUAUUUUUUGCUAAAAAUAUUAAAAUGCAAGAAUUAUUGUUAUUCAUUAUAAUGGGCAUCCCAAAGUUUUGUGAAAAGCUUCUAACGAUUCAUUUUGGUGAAUCACCACUUUAGAAACAUCUCACCGAAUCCCAGGAAUGAUCCGUUUGCAGCUCCACGUAACUAACUGAGCUCGUAUGUGUAACAUUAUUACUUUUAUUUUAGCGGUUUACAGUGAAAAUGCAGAAAGAGUAGCAGAUGAAGUCUGUAUGUGUUUCAGUUUGUCUCAAGUUCUUUGUAUGGAUGUUUAUUUAAUGCUGGAUUUAGGUGUUUGUAUUUAAUAAUAGCCUAUUUGUUGUAUUUUGAGUUAAAUUAGCUACACGAUCAUUACUGGGUUUGUAUACAUCAUGUUAACAAGCCAAAAAUAAAUAAAUAAAUCAACUUGUGACGUUCAUCAUUUAGUUAUCUAAAAAAGCAUGCAUUUAAUGUCAAAUUCUGAUACAGUUAACAAUUUCUGUCUUAUUGGAUAUAUUCUUAUAUACUAGAAAGUAACAAAUGACUGUGAUUGGUCCACUGCUCAACAUUAAGCACUUAAUGAAUCUGAAAUCGUUAGGUUGCUGAAUGGAAAUCUGUGACUUGUGGGUUAGAAUUCCACUCUGUUAGUUUGUAUUGAUUAUACUGCUUUUGUUUUUGUUUUCUGCCGAGGUCGUGCAGUUUUGAUCCGCAUGCGUGCGCAGUGUGAACGCUUCGUUUGAGUCAGGAUUACUACUGCGGCACGAAACGUUCAGGUGUGAUGCUAUAUCGAAGGCCUCUCCGUUCACAAUUAAGUUGCUUUCGACUGAAAAUAAAUCGUAAAGUGCAUUGCAUUUGGACCAGUAUUUCCGGCCGUUAUCACGAAGCUGCUGAGUGGAAACUUAGGUUGACUUGGUUUAGUCCUGUCCCUACAUCAUCUGCUUCACUGCCUGCUUUGUCUAUUCAGUCAUGUGUAACUCAAAAUCGAAGUACAGGGCAUAAUGCAAAUAAGUUUGUGUAACAUCAGAGUGUCCCUGCUACUCAAAUUGUGUGGCAAAUGAAUCCUCAAAGAGAUUAUACUGAAUUUUAAUUUGGUUUAAAGGUGUGGAGUAACUGUGAUUUACUGCUGUAUCUGCUAAUAUUCUAAGCAGCAUACUGUGACGUUAUACAGUGGUACUGAUUAUAGUUAUGAAUUGCCACGUGAUUGUGCCGGUAUUAAAAUACACCUAAAUUCACCAACACUAGGCCUUUUCCCCUGUUGUGUUCAUCAUGUGUGUGUUUGGUGGCUGAUGGGUUCUUGUUUCUCAUCUGUUGACAUCAGAUAGACGUGUGACUCGAGUGUCUUGGAAAUGGAAAUCUCUGCUGACUCUCUUUGAAUGCUAUUUUCAAUGUAUGUAAAAUAUGUGGAAAGCUGCCACACAAGCUGUCUUGUUGCUGAAAAGAGCAGUUGGAGUAUUUGUGUGGCAUCAUGAGGAUUGGUUUGAUCUUUGUGCUGAUAUCAGCUCUGAGCUCCAGCGUGAACUCUUAUGUGUUUAACUUGGUGUCUGAGAGAAUGAGCUGGACCGAAGCUCAGACGUACUGCAGACAGCAUCACACCGAUCUCGCCACCUUUAAUAACCAGACGGACAUCAAUGAGCUGCUGCAGUCUCUACCCGGUGGUCUGAGCAGUCUGAUGUGGAUUGGACUCUAUCGGACGGAUGAGUAUUCUCCCUGGGUCUGGUCCGAUGGGAGCACAUGCCUCUUCACACCGUGGGAUUCUUCACAACCAAACAAUUCUGGUGGCAACCAGGACUGUGCGUGCAUGUCUAAUGGAUACUGGAACGAUUGGUGGUGUACAGAACAAUUACCAUUCAUUUGCUACACUGAGAAAAAGAGACAGAUGGUGAGACUGGAGGUACAAUCAAGACAAAAUAUGAAUGAUCCUGUAGUGAGGAGUAGGAUUUUGGCAAAGUUAGAGCGGAGGCUGAAGGAGAGUGGUCUGGCAGACGCUAAGCUCUCGUGGAGGACGUUUUCUGGUGAUACUGUGUUUCACAAGAUGUGGUAUCAGCAGAGUGACGCUUCGAACGCGUCCUGCAAGAGAACCACGAACUGAUCGUCUUAUAAUAGCAUUUCUUGUGUCAUUUUAGAUGCUUUUAGAAAAUGUGGGAGCCAUCGGUAGAUGGAGCUGUAUGUGCACUUCUGUACUAUUAGGCUAUUUCUGUGUUAAAUGCCAAAAUACAAUUUGGAGAUUUUAUAUAAUCACCCUUACAUCUUAUACUGACUGUCCUUUUAGCUGCAUUUUCAAUGCUUCUUUUGCAUUGUAAGAGUUGGUUUUUGAAUGUUGCAAGUUUGUAAAGAAAAACAAAACAAAAAAACAUUCAAAAUAUAUGUAAACUGGAAAGCAAGAUGACACCUGCAGGUCAACACCUGUCCUGUAGAGGGAGCUCAAUAAAACAACAGAAAGAAAGUGAGUCCUUGUUAUACAAUUAUGUAAGAGCUACUCCAUGGGCUGGCUACCUUUUCAGCAUGACAUGCCAUUUUUAUUGUUUCUGGUUAACCACUGAGCCAACCCCCCACUCAUUUUUUAUUUUUUUUUAUUUUAAAACUGCAGUCUGUAACUUUUUUUUUAUGUUCAAAAUUGAUAUAAUAAGCGAGUACACCAUGAAUCCAUUUUCCAAGCCGUGUCACAUAUGUACAAGUCAUUGGUGUUUGGUGAAGAGUUUCUGGCUCAAGAUCUGCAUUUAAAGUCACAGCAGAGGUGUUCACAGAAUCGCAGAAUCGAUCCAUUAAUCUAUUUAUCGUUACACCCCUACCUGCAGGCUCCUGGAUCGGACUCCCCCCUGCCUGUUUAUAUACGCAACCACUGUUGUGUUGUCUGAUCUGACUAACACACGUCAGCCUUUUAUCUGCGGGAGGAAGUGUGUGAAGGCCAAAGACCCUGUAAAGAGUUCUGGACAGUUUAUAUGCAUUAUUUUGGCUGAUUCCGUCCAUAGCCCACUCACAGGCUGUCCUUCCAUUAUCGCUCCCCAACCCAGUGAGGAUGUGUCGAGGUGACCACCUUGCGAUUCGACACCAGUCCCAUUGGCACAGCUUCCAUCAGGAACUUCCCGCCAGAUGAGCAGAGCUUUGAGACAUUGGGCUGAAAUGCACACCCUCCUGUGCAGAUGUCUGGAGGGAUUUAAUUUCAGAGAAGCAGUCCAUCUCUGAAAAUCUCUCAUGAACAGCAGCCCCAGAGUACACUGCUAUGACUGAAGCCACGAGGCCCAGCAACCUCAGACGCAGCCGAAAAGAGGCUGCUUUCCCAGAUGAGGCUGAAUCACGCACCCUCGGUUCAGACAGGGCUGCCGGUAAGAUACUGAAUUUAGGUUUAAACCCAGAAAUAUCACUGAGUUUGAGUCAAGGUUAUUGUAGUUUUGAAUUUUUAAAUUCGUUUUAUUUUAAUAUUGUGUUCAAAUUUGCUAUAAAAUUCAGUUUAAUGUUUAUUAGUUUCAUUCAUAUUUUUGUUAGUUUUAGUUUUUAUUUUGUGAACACGUUUUUAUAUAGUUUAGUUUCCAUUUUAAUUAAAGUUUAGCAGAACUAACAGAUCACUUCCAGAGCGAAGGCCGAAGAAAGACAGGCAUAAUUUAACCUUAAUGAAGCAAACGUUUAGAUUUUUUAGAUGGUAAAAGUAUACAAAUAUACACCAAAGGAAGCAGUCAAGCCUUCUUACUAAAUAAAUCUACACAAUUUGUGCUUAAUGUCAUAUCUAAUGAUGUGUGUUGAGAUAUUUAAUAUGAAAAUAAAU